AUGGUUGUCGCAACAAUCAAAUGCGUUGUCGUCGGUGACGGUGCCGUCGGCAAAACAUGUCUCCUCAUCAGCUACACAACCAACAAGUUCCCUUCAGAAUAUGUCCCUACAGUCUUCGACAACUAUGCGGUUACCGUAAUGAUUGGCGAUGAGCCGUAUACCCUGGGCCUGUUCGAUACUGCCGGUCAGGAAGAUUACGACCGUCUGCGACCGCUAUCGUAUCCCCAAACCGACGUCUUCCUCGUUUGCUUCAGUGUCACAUCACCCGCUUCCUUCGAAAACGUCCGCGAGAAAUGGUUCCCCGAGGUUCACCACCACUGCCCUGGCGUCCCCUGCCUAAUUGUUGGCACGCAGGUAGAUCUACGGGACGAUCCGAGUGUGCGGGAGAAGUUGGCAAAGCAGAAGAUGUCACCAGUGCGGAAGGAGGACGGCGAGAGGAUGGCUAAGGACCUGGGCGCGGUUAAGUACGUUGAGUGCAGUGCCCUGACGCAGUACAAGUUGAAGGAUGUGUUUGAUGAGGCAAUCGUUGCGGCCUUGGAGCCACCAGCGCCCAAGAAGAAGUCCAAAAAGUGCCUCGUGCUUUGA